UAACGGCCUUUGGGGCCGGUAGGCGGCGGCGUUGAGCAAUGGCGGGCUCGUCCCCCGGCGGGUCGCGGCGGCUCUGGGGACGGGGCCGGAGCCGGGCUCUGGGGCCCGCUUUCCUCCUCUCCCUUCUCGUCUCCGUCCUGCAGGCGCCCCCUACCGUGGAAUAUCAAGGACGGGUAAAUAGUGCUGAUUCAGAACCGGAAUUGCUCAAAGUAACAGGAUCAACAAUCUUCCCAGUCAAAGUUUAUGUCCAGUUGGAUCACGCCAGUCCUCAUAUUCUGUGUGUUACGAAUCGGCUGAGAAACGCAGAGCUAAUUGACCCACUGUUCCUGUGGCAUGGACCCAGAGGGGACCUUGUUGCAGCUCUGCCUGAGGAUAAAAAUUUCUACAUAUCUGUCAUCUGGAGGACAACCAAUCAGUCUGGAUUAGUGACAGCCCACAAACAUAGAGGAAACAACAGUAUAAAAAUCACCCCAACAGGAACCCUUUCAUUCAAAGACUUCAAAGAGCCUAUGAGUGGAGUUUACACGUGUUCCCUUGAAUAUAAGCCUACAGCAGAGCAAUCUGAGAAAACCCUUCUACUCAAAUACAUUAUUUAUGCCUAUGCCGAACCAAAUUUUUACUACCAAUUCUCAGCCCGAUAUCAUUCAGCACCCUGCAACAGUAUCUACAAUGUUUCCUUUGAGAAGAAACUGCUUCAGAUUUUAAGCAAGUUGGUUGCUGACCUUUCUUGUGAGAUCGCUUUAUUGAAAUCAGACUGUCAUCAUGUUAAAAUGCAGAGAGCUGGUCUUCAAAAUGAACUGUUCUUUACAUUUUCAGUUUCCUCUCUAGAGUCUGUGAAAAGAAAAGAUCCAUGUGCAAUGAAAUCUUGUGAUACUGCCAAAAGACUAGGCAAGGCUAAAAAUCUUAUAGAGAGAUUUUUUAAUCAACAAGUGGAAGUCCUGGGGAAACGUACAGAUCCGUUGCCUGAAAUAUACUAUAUCGAAGGAACUCUCAAAAUGGUGUGGAUUAAUCGCUGCUAUCCAGGAUAUGGGAUCAAUAUUCAGUUGCAUCCGAAUUGUCCUGAUUGUUGUGUGAUCUGCAGCCCAGGAACGUUCAAUCCCCAAGAUGGAGUUCAUUGCCUUCAAUGCAACAACAGCUCAAUAUUCGGAGCCAGGGAUUGCUAAACCAUCAGGAUUUUGUGCAUCUUAAUGGUUCCGGUUUCUUUAAUUUAACAUGGUAAUAUAAACCAUUUCAGCACUAGGUAACAGUUAAUUUUGAUUACAUCAGUAAAUAAGUUCAUUGAAAA